AUGGACAAGAAAGCAAAGGCUGCGCCCAAAGACGCGGUUUUGAUUGACCAGCUGCCGAAUCUUGCCGCAGAGAACGAUAAUACCGAGUCGACCACCGUGGUGACUGCUCCGCCGUCGUUGCGGAUCGUUCCGCCGAUUAAUUUCAGCCCCGUGGAGAAACACCUCUACCGAUCAGGACAGCCGUCGGCAAUCAACCACUCGUUUCUGGAACAACUACAUCUCAAGUCUGUCAUUUGGCUGGCUAUAGAAGACCCGCAGGACACAUUUUUGCGCUUCAUCGAGGAAAAUAAUAUCAAUCUAUUCUGCAAUCUAGGAUACGACUCAAUAGACUCCAACUCAUGGGACGGGCUCUCGGAGGCGUCCAUCAAACAGGCAUUGGAAGUGAUUGCCGAUAAAAGACACUACCCGAUGCUGGUGUGCUGCGGAAUGGGCAGACAUAGAACAGGAACGGUGAUAGGAUGUCUACGGAAACUACAAGGCUGGAACUUGGCCAGUGUCAGUGAAGAAUAUCGACGGUUCACAGGAGUGCGAGGCGGCCGUAUUCUGGUGGAGUUAUUGAUCGAAGCGUUUGAUGUGAGCACUAUAGAAACAAGAGAAGAGGUUGCUCCAGAAUGGUUGUCUAGAUGA